AUGUCACUUAUUGUGGUCGAGGACGACUCGUCUGACGAGCUCGCUGCAGUGUCUGUAGUCGAGCAAGCCAAAGAAGUACCCGAAAACAGGAUUAUGAAUAAAGCGAGCGCACAAGAUUUGACCAUGGAUGAGAGGUCUUACGACGAUGCAAAGACCGUGGACACUGCUGAUAAUAAUGAUGGUGAAGAAAAACCGCUCCUAGAACUAAUGAAGAACCUAAUAAGCAACUACGGCAAGCAGGACACCAGAGUGACCAACGAUCAGCUCGUCGGCAUCCUCAAGAAAGAGUUCCACCUUAACCACGCGAACAUGCCCUUUAUUAGUGUGGAUAUAUAUAUGAACGUGUUGAAGAAGUUCUUGAACACUUGGCCGCAGUGGAAUGAAGUUGAUCCCGUCAUGCAUGAAAACCGCUGUAUGGAUGCCCAUGAAGAGAUAAAAAAAAGGCUGGACAUAGAAUACAAAUCACUAAAGGAAUACCUCGCCACCGUUUUGAAAGCGACUGAACCUUUCGCUAGAGAAGUGGCCCAAAAACUAAAAAGAAGCCAAGAAAUACCCCAUCCCAGCCGAGCGGUCCCCGGCAACGUUGUUGUAGAGAUAAAUUGUACAAGAAAUCAAUUAAAUAAACUUUUCUUUAUAAAUCCACAUCUAGAAUACAAUAACACGAUCAAUUCUCAUGUACCAUCAAAAAUAUAUCUUAACCAACAAACUUUUCAAUCAAUGCUGAAUUCCUGCUACGUUAAUUUUACUAUAAAUAUGGCGUGCUUUGAAUAUAGAAGAGAAAUGCUACCACAUUUCAAACAUAAACUUGUAAAUAAGAAACCAAGACAGUUUCAACGGGAGCCGAAAUUGAACACUCGUUUACAAUCAUUGAAAAAUACAAAAACAGAAGGGGACGUAGCUAGGAAAGACUUAAAAUUACUUAUAGAGAAAAUACAGCAUUCAAAUAGAUACAGUACAGAGCAGCAACAGGAUUUUGAAAUGUUAUUUAAAACUAUUAAUAAAGAUUUAAAUGUGUUGCCAGCGUCAUACAAUAAUGGUAGAGUGGAAAUACCAUGUGCAUUUAGAUUUCAUAUGAGCAAAUAUCCAUAUGUGAGACAUUUACAUGAAGAAGUUGAUGCUGAAUCGGACAAGUAUGAUCUGCAGUUAGAACAAAAGAUUUCACCGAUGCUGUGCUUCCAUAUAUCCAGGGUUAGCCUGGUGACCAGGCCGAAGAACUUUUACAGCAACUGGCUGCAGCUCCAGUGUUCCACCUGUCAGACGAAAUACGAGGGCAUCCAGGGAAUUGAGGAAUUGAAGGCACAUUUUAGGGAAGCGCAUCAAUACGAGCCUAACUGGAACUGCAGCCACUGCGGCAAGGAGUUGGCGGCCGCGCAGCUGGCAACCGCCGGUUGGCAUCAUCGGUGCACUAACAUUGGUUCCCCCUGA